AUGUAUAUAUGGAACGUAUUCAAAACAUUAAUAUAUCUACUGUUUUGUUCGAAAAAAUUUUCAUAUUCUGAUCCAAAUGAAAAAGGUGUGUCAACUGAAUUGAUACCCAUUGAACUUAACUUGCGUAAAAGUUUAUCGAACGACAAAUAUGAGUGCCAAAAAACAGAUAAAGGUAUAAUAUACACUGUAAAAAAUGGAUAUGGUUUCUCUUCAGUUAGUUCAUUUAACCCAGAAUGUAAAUUUGUUUCUUGUAUCUGGAAGGCAUCAAAUAGUUUUGAAUAUGCCAGUAAGGUUAUCUUAGUCUCAUCUGAUAUCGGCGGACUGUAUAAAAUCUUUAUACACUUAUUUAAUGGAGCAAGGAAUGUAUAUUUUAAGAAAAUUUAUUCUCCGUGGCAACGAAUGGAUGUGAACAGAAAUGUUCGUAUCCCCUUGAACCUCUAUAUAGCACACAGUACAUAUUUCUACAAUGUAGCAAAAGAUAAAGAACUUAAAAUAUUUACACCUAAAACUGGAUUUAUUUUUGACUCCGUAAUAAAAUGGAUUAAUUCGGCCGAUACAAGAUGGAUUGUUUGGAAGGCUGGGAAUAUAAAUGAAUGUUCUAAUAAAAUAGAAUAUUAUGUCGACAAAACCUUGGAACCAAAUUUUGGAAUACUAAUGAUUUAUUUAUUAAAUGGAGAAAAGAUAAAACUAAUUAACGAUAAUGUUAAUUAUAUUGGCAAUAAAUGGAUUUCAGUUGAUCUGAAUGUUGACAUACCUGUUCAAAUUAGCAUUAAAACUACAAAUGACUCCUUUUUUUAUUACAACUAUUUAUCCGGUCCUCUCAGAGUAUUCGAUGCUAAACCAGGUUUUGUUUUUAACGGUUUAUUCAAAUGGUAUGAUCGGUACAAACAAAAUGACAUUAUAUGGCAAACUUUAAUAAAAGAAAAAUUUUCCAGACAGGUCAUUGUUGAACGGAUAGUUGGUUUCAAGAUUCACUCGAACAAUAUAAUAAUUUUUCAUUUGGAUGGAACAUCCACACAUCUUACGCAAGUAGAUGACGGAUGGUCACCGUUCGAGCCUUCUACAGAACUUGACAUUGACUACAAAUGGACUACUAUCGCAUAUCAAUAUAUUAAGGUACAAAAUAUCGAAUAUUUUAUUCCUAAUGGCAGUUUUUUGUUUAAAGAGGUGUUCAAAAAAGGAUCAAGUUGUACGCCGGACUUUAUUUUCUGGAAAGCAAAAAAUAAAUGGGAAUACGUCAAAAAGGUGUUUAUAGUACCUAUUGGUAAAAAAGAAAAAAUAUUGGUUUUAUUACUACUCACCAAUAGGUUAAUAUUGUUCCUUAAGUCUGAUGAUUCAAAAUGGAUACAAAGGCCAAAAGAUGAGAACGCCAUUUACCAACUCCUAAGUCUAGGAGUUGAUUUCAACAUUCCCAAACGAAUAAGUAAACCGAUUGAGGAAGAACAAUGUAGACCGCUUAAACACGGUAUGUUUAACUCAAAAGUUUCUGAACCAGAAUUUCCCUUUCCCAAGUCCGUAAUAGAACCAGAGAAGCUAAUUGCGUUGGACAUCAGUAAAAUGCACCGGCUUAAAGGCUACGAUAUAUUUUAUGGAGAAAACAAGGUCAUUUUUACAGCCAGAGAACCGUAUCUAUUCUCAUAUGUUUCAAACGGGAGUGAAAUUCUUUGGAGACCAAAAUUUAUUGAUGAAUAUCCUGAUAAAGUAAUUUACAAGGUGGUAGGUGGCAAUCAUAAAAUCAAAGUAUAUUUUCCUGAUGAAAACAGGUUUAACACAACAAAAAACAAACCUUUAAUGAAUUUUAAUCCAUCAGAGGUAGAAGUAUCAGUUGUCAAAACCAACAAACCUGAUACCGAGGUUUAA